GUGAGGUAGGAUGAAAGGUAAAAAGCACGGAACCCUAACCCUAACCCUGCCCGCCUUGUGAAGUCGUGCCUGCCGGGAUCCUGGAAAUACACUUUUCGCCGAACACCCAACAUCGAGACGAACAUCAUCCAACAUCAGUAUUAGCCGAUUGACUCAUCCGGACACCAGUACUAUCCCAUUACCACCAAACAUUAGUCCAGUAUCGCAUAGUCUCUAGCCCUCUCCGAAGAACUCCCAACCUCUCCGAAGAAUCACCUCUCCAUCACCUCGCCGAGCAGACGGCAGUGAAACACACGACAUCUUUCACUAAGCCAUACAACAAACCUCCAACCUUUCCCACACCAGCCAAACACAACCAUGGCAUCACCCCAUCCAACAACCACAAACCCCUCCGAAGAAGACGACCCCAUCGUCGCCACCUACAACGUCUUCAUCAAGCCUCCCCUCCCCGAAGACCGCAAGCUCGUCGUCCUCCGCUACGUCACCAAGACCGCCCAAGACCCGUCCUCCAUCAAGCCGCCAAGGAUCAACAGCUUUCGCGUGAAGCCCGAAACGGGCAUUUACGAGGUCGACAUCCCUCUCGAGACCGGCGAUGGCUACAACAAGGGCAAGGGUAUCGCGUGGGGCGUGGCGCUAGCCAAGUCGAUGGAGUCCAAGAAGGGCGGCAGUCUUGGUCUGGCCGGUGGUUUCAACAUUGGUGGACAAGGAGGGUCGGCGCGCGGUGGUCCUGGAGCUGGUGGAGCUGGUGGUGGACGUCGCGGCGGUAAUACCGGAGGAGGAGAUGAUGACGAGGCGCAGAAUAUGAGCUGGCCUGAGGCUGUGGCGCAAGGCAAGGCGAUUAUCGACCAGAAGUUGACGGGUAGUCGGAGUGCGGGCGAGGAUUACGUGAAGCAUAUGGUUGGUGUGUUUCAAGGAAACAACAUCCAUCUAACCCCCGUAACCUCCCUCGUCCAACUCCGGCCCGUAGCCCCCUACCUCGACGCCGCCACCGAGCAAGAACGGCUCUCGCGCCUCGGCCCCUCAGCCGGCGCCGGCGCCGGCGGUCCCGCCGACAAGCAGGCCGCGGGGCGCGCGAUCCACAUGUCCAUCAAGUCGUCAGACUCGGGCGGUGCCGGCGCGGCAGCCGAGACCAUGGCGGACCGGCUGCGCGCCGUGCAGACAGAGCCGUGGCACAGCCUAAAGUGGUACCACGACGAGCACGGCGAGGCGUGGGACACGUACAACGAGUGCAUGCUUUUGCGGUCGAGCGAGGCUGGCAAUGCUGCGCCGCCGGUUGAAGAGGAGGAGGUGGACGAAGAGAAGAAGAAGGAGAAGAAGGAAGAGAAGGAUGGAGAGGAGGCUGAGGCGGCGGCGGCGGCAGAACCAACGGAUGAUAGUGGUGCUCCCGAUUUGGUUGAGAAGGUGAACAGGUUGCAGUCGGAUUGGGGCGAGGAGCAAAUCCUGCGGUCGAUCAACGGGUUGGGGCCAGAUGAUAAGAAGCCCGGUGAGGAGGCGGUUUCGGUCCCCUCGGUUUUCGGCACGAAAAAGGCCACGGCCACGGCCAAGAAAGGUACCAACACCAAGGGAAAGGGAAAGGCAACGUCUUCGUCGAAUGCCAUGCAGCUUGACUAAAAGUCAAAGACUGUAGGCGGUAAGAGAAGAGGCUCCUGCACCGAAAGCUGAAGCGGCAAAGGCAAAGGGAAGCGGAAAAGAAGGACAGAUGCGAGAGAUAAAGCGCAACAAAUAGGCCUUUCUGAAGCGGGAGGCCCAUUAUAGAGGUCAACUACCACUACCAAACCCUUUGGUUAACCGAUAGAUUCUCUUCUACUUUUAAAAAAAAUAUACGAUA